CAACAGGAAGGCGACAGUACAAGAAACACAGAGAAAGCAACACUGAAGUUCUGUAGGACACUGAGAUUUAAUAUCAACUGCUACUUUUCGCAAAAGAAACUUAACGGAUCAGCAUGAAUUCUGUAACCAUGGUGACACUGUUGAUGUGCCUGACAUUGGGCGCAUGGAUAUCUGGGAUCAAAGGUCAUGGUCGACUGUUGGAGCCUCCGGAUAGGGCCAGUAUGUGGAGGUUUGGCUACAACUCUCCCCCAAACUACGACGACAAUCAGCUCUUCUGUGGAGGAUUCAACCGUCAGUGGAAAAUCAAUGGUGGGAAGUGUGGUGUUUGUGGCGAUCCAUGGAAUGGACCACGUGACCACGAGGCUGGCGGGAAGUAUGCCACCGGAACUAUUGUCCGCCACUACAGCGAGGGACAGACGAUCACAGUCAACGUCCAGAUAACGGCGUCACACAAGGGUUACUUCGAGUUCCGCCUGUGUCCUCACAACAACCCCAGUACCCGUGUGUCCCAGGCGUGUCUGGACCAGCAUGUCUUACAGCAAACUGACGGCAGUACUCGAGUUUACGAAGCUGGUCAUCCUACCAACUAUACAAUCCAUCUCAAACUUCCGGCCGGUGUAACGUGUUCUCAGUGCCUUCUCCAGUGGAAAUACAACACAGGAAAUUCAUACGGUUGUGACGGAGCUCACUGCUGUGUGGGGUGUGGAGAACAAGAGCAGUUUUACGGCUGUGCUGACGUCAGUGUUGGAUCCACGGGGGCUCCGUCAUAUUCAUCCGGACAGAUACAUUCAUCAGUCUAUCAUCCAAUCCAUGUCAUUUCUGCUGGACAGGCUCAAACAUCAGUAAUUAAUUCCCAACCACCGUCGUCGGCUCAGCAUCAAGGAUACAUUUAUCAGAACCAUCAGCCCUCUAGCUAUGUAUCUCAGAACACUUAUCCUGUUAUUUCCGGUAGCUUGUUGUCCAGUGUAACCGGAAGUCAGCCAUGUAAAGCUACUCUUCGAUACCGAGCCGUCUACCAGUACGCCGACAAGUACUGUGCGGUACAGUGUAGUAGAGGCAACUGUCCGGGUCUACAGUACUGUACAUCGGCGUGCCGGAGGUAGACAGGUGGCAAGUAGCGUAUACAAAUAUAUCUAUUUAUUUAGCAGAACAUUUUCAUAUCAACAUCGGAGUCUGAGGUUAUACAUACUGAACUCACAAUGAGUUACAUUGACAAAUGUAUUUAUGACAUUGAUGCGGUGUAACACUAAAACUGCUUAGCUCGAAUCGAAGGAUUUGUGCCUCGUAUAUUUCAUUUAGAAAAGAUUCACAGCGAUUGUAACUAUUUUUACAAUCUUUAUUGAGCAUAAUACAGAUAUGGUGGUAUGUAUCUAUAUCACGUUAUCUCCAUCGUUUUGCAGUUACUAUUUUAAUUAAAUAGUAAAAUUGAAAAGAGAUUUAUAUAGAUAAGAUUUAUUGUUUUGUUAAUAUUGUGUAAACAAUCUUGACAUGAUGUUACUAUUUAUUUUUCCCAUCAUCAUAUUUUUUAUACAUCAUU